AUGAUCAGGAGUAGCAUCAGUGAUGCUGUUCAAAUUAAUUUGAACAGUUUGAGUGCUUACACCAAUCCGGUAUUGGCGCAGGUUAAUUCGUUGGAUAUCAAUGGUCCUGAGUCUGAUAACUUGCAGAUCCCUUCAAGAAUAUUAACUCAGCUUGCUAUUAUUCAAAAGUCUUUCAGCGAAGUUUAUUCUUUGGCUGAUCCUCUGAAGAUACACCAGGUGAACCUUCAAAACAAAGACAAAACCGCAGAGUCUGUGGUCAAUAUCGGUUCGGUCUCAUUUGCCAAAAUUGCUACCAUUCUCGAGCCAUUCCAAAAUGGGUCGAUCUAUGAAUCAAUAGUAGCCACUGAAGAAUACUCUGACCUUAGCGCAAAAUUGAAGAAUGAGGUGGACGUUAUUGGUAGAUUGGAGGACUUGAUAAUUGUUUAUCUCACUCUAAUCCUGACUCUUCUUGUAAGUGAUACCUUACUAGGUCGUACCAUGCCUCUGUACGAUGACAUUGAGUAUUACGACGAUAACCUUUCUUCCAACUAUAAAAUCGCUGCAAUUUUUUGUCAAUCAUUACCUGAAAGAACUUGGAGUUAUACAAGAUUUCUGUACGACGAAGUUGCCAAGAGAGUUGAAAGUUAUGACGAGUUGCAAGUUGCGAUCCCUACCUGGUUGCCUCCGGUUGUUCAACCAUGGUAUAGACAGAUUGCCAAAUGGACCUUUAUGAUUCUGCAAACCAUGAAAUCAAGUAUCAAGACAAUUGAAUCUCCUAGUGUUUUCCUCUUGAAUGUAGCUUCCAAUUCAAUAUUGUCCGUUGGUUUACCCAAGAAAUCAUUAUAUUAUAGUACCAAAGAUAUUCUUCGAUACACCAAGAUUAUUUUGGAAGCUCCGCUUUUGUCCUUGAAAGAAGAGCUUUAUUCGAAAAGGAAGGCGUUGGUAGACUUACGAAAGGAAAAUGCUCAGAAAUUGGGAUACCUCUCGACUCUGACUCCACAAAUCCCUUCUCUUACGGUGCAAUUAGAAGACGAUGAGUUGCUAGAUACCCAGUUGAGAAAUCUUGUCAAAGGGUCGGGCGAGUCUAUUAACCAUCUAUUAAACAUAUUUUUGUAUGGCGAACGGAACAACGGACCUUCUCCUCUGUUGCAAGACCUGUAUAGUCUUUCUUCCAAGCUUUUGCCGGAUUGCGAUCAUAACAUUAGAGACAUCAAGAGACUUAACGGAAGACCCAAGUUUAUCAUUAGAUAUUGGAUUCCUUUAUUAUUGCUGGUCUUAUAUGUUCCCUCGACAUCAAUGAACAUUAUACACAAUCGAAGGUUGAUAGCUAAAUGGAUCCAGACCAAUCUAGUUGACACGGUCGUUGGAUUUUGGAACAAUUGGAUACUCAGUCCAUUGAAUAACAUUUUGGCUACAGUUAAACAUGAUGAUAAUUCCCGAAUCGCCAUCACUACACAAGCUUCUUUAGAUGCUGAUUUAGAUUCUCUUGAAAGGAUGGUCAUUGAUUACGCUUUGGAAAAAUCGAAGCUUCCUCCUGGAACGUCUCUUACUACGUACAGAGAGAACUUAUCAGAGAUGGUCAAGAAGGGAGACUUGACCCCUAUAAUGAGAGAUUAUGAAAGUGAACUCAAGUCUCCAUUCAAGGGGAUUGUUAUGGGAGACCUGGUCCGUAAUCUCCUAAUUCAGAUUCAAAAAACAAAGGUCGAUGGUGCCACUGCAAUGAAUGGAAUUGACAAAUUACUGAAAUCUCAAGAACUUGUAUUUGGAGUAGUUGCAGCCUCUCCCAGUAUUCUUAUUGUAUAUUGGUUAGUUGGUCUCAUCAAUAGCUAUGCCAGAACUGGAUAUUUGCAUAAGCUAAAUGUGAGCAAGAGAACAGAGGUUUUGUCCAGCUUCAAUACCAUUCAAAGGAUUCUCAAUUUCGAUGAUUCAGAACCAGAACCGCAAAACGUUAUUUAUGAACGAUAUGGAACUUUACUGAUGGAAAUUCUUGUCCUCAGAAAAAGUGGGAUCUAUUUCAUUCCGACGUCCAGGAGACAGGAGUGGUUAAGAGAUAUUAGAGACUUAAGCGCCCCAAGUCAAUCAUAUUCCAUAAAAACUAAAACGGUACAAAGAAUGUUAAGUACGUAUGGCAAUUAUUUCAAGUAG